UGUUUAGUGGACAUGGGCAUGUAAUGGAUGUUUUGAUUCUUGGGCUUGGGCCGGGUUUUAUCCAAUUUACUAAUACUAUAAUGUUUUUAUAGAAUUAUAUAACAUAUCUUUUUGUUAUACAGAUAUAUCAUAUAUGAUAUAGUAAAUCUUUUUAUACUUUAAAUGGUUAUUUGUUUUGUUACAUUCUUGAUUUUGUUUAAGUGUUUCCAUGUCCAUAAACUUGUUUCUGGAUUAGUUUUUCCAGUUGUUCAAGUAAAACAAAUAAAGAAAAAUAAGCUAAGCAAGAUUUUCUUUGUCAAGUCAAGGAUAUCUGGUUUAUAUGAAUAUUUGCCUGUAUAUAUUUACAGAAAAAAAUAUUCUGUUUCCAUAUAAUGAUUAUAAUAUACAUUGUAUUAUCAUUUGAUACUUGUAAUUAGAUAUGUUACUCUUUGUGCCAUUAUCUUCAAUUUUAAACAUAUGGUAAUGGUUCUUCAGUAAAAAAAGGUAAUUAUUUUGGCAUGUAGUAAAUAAAAUUUCAGUUAAUUUAAAUAAAUAUAAAUUAUUUCAAUUUUAGUUAUUAUAAAAUUAAUAUAAAUAUCUUAAAACCUUAUAUUUUAAAUGACUGAUUGUUUUUUCUAAUGAUUGAUAUAUAAUUAAAUAAUUAUUUGUCUAAAAUAUUUCUUUUAAAACUCAAAGACAAGUUAUAUAAUAAAAAGGCAAAGCAAAAGGUAAGAGUGGUUAAAACACUAUCAUCACAAACCAAAUAUGUAGAGCCUUUCAAAACCAUAUAAAUAUGUAACUCAAGAUAAUCAUUGGCUUAUUCACAGACAACCAUCUUCAACUGCGAAGCGAAUCUUGUUUUUAGUCCUCUCUCUAAAUCAUCACAUUUUCAUCAUGGACUCAGGAACAAAACCUAAUCUUCUUUCGAAUUUACCUGAUUGCCUUCUGGUUUUAAUCAUAUCUUUCUUACCUUUCAAACAAUCUGUACAAACAAGUGUUCUUGCUAAGCGAUGGAAGAAUCUUUGUCGUGAAACAACAAACCUCGUAUUCAAAGAGUCUGAGUUCGGCCUGAACCAAUUUGUUGUUGAUACAGAGGCCAAACAUUCUGAGAGGAGAGCUUUGUUUGUUAGCGUUAUGCAUCAAUGGAUCUCGAGAUUUACUGGUAACACCAUCGAGACAUUUGAACUUUGUCUACCAGAACCAGUGGGUUUUGAGGAAGAUAUCAUGUCUCUAAUCGAGUUUGCUGCUACCAAACAAACCAAAAAUCUAGUUAUUAAUUUAUCAAGCUCUAAUUCGAGACAACCUCCUGGUGCUCUGCAUAUAAAGUUGAUAUAUAAUCAAAAGAAUGGAUUGGAUAUCACUCGUCUAUUUUCCAAUCUUAUAUAUGUUAGGAACUUGACGAUCUGCCCUUUUCUUCUUGAGAUGAUGAUCCAAGAUUGUGACGAUCCUAUGAAAUUGCACGAUCCGAUGAAAACACGACAUUUGGUGAUUAAGACACAUAUGUACCCACAUGAGUUCGGAGGAAUAACUAUAUUUCUCAAUAGCUGUCCGGAACUCGAAUCUCUCACGUUCGAAACGUAUACUACUGGGCCUAUCGUGAUGUCGCAGAGAUAUUGGCCGCUAAUACAUCCAAAAACGUUUUGGCUCAACAACAAAACGUAUGAGUGUUUGGAAAGGACACUUAAGGCUGUGAAAGUUAUAAACUUUUGUGGCAUCCCGAACGAGUUACAUGUGCUGCAGUACCUGAUCCGAACCGGACGUGUGAUGGAACGGCUUGACCUUCAUGCGGCAAAGACAUUGAACAAUGAGCAAAGGAGGUUGGUACUGACUGCAGCCGAGGAGUUUCAGAAGAUUGUCGAAAGAGGUUCGAGGCAUUUGAGAGUUACUCUACACAAUGCUUGAACUUGAUCAAUGAAGCAUUUUCUCAAUCUUCUAGUGGAAACUGGAACUUGAUCUUUGCUAGUAAUAUUUUCUUAAUUUAAUAUUAAGGGUGGAUGUUCCCCUUGUUUGUUUGGUUUGAGACUUAA